AAAACCGUUUGCUUCCUUCGCGUUCGUUCCCCUCUUCCCUGGAUUGGCCUCGGCGAUUAGCGUACGGAACGGGAUUGCGAAACCCUCACGCCUCCGGAAUCCCACUCUCCCGCCGUCCAAUCUCGGAAGAAAGCAUAUAGCCGCGCAAAGAGAAGAUCCCCGCGAUCCGCCCUAGCUGCCGCGCGCACGCCACAGCCCCCAGCUGCUCCGAUUCGAGCUAGCCGGAGUGGGUUUGGGGGCUUGAUGCUCAUCUUGCGGUUGGGGGUCUAAAUCGCGGGCCUGAAAGUGUUAGGGUGGGAUUUCGGUGGAAACCCUUGGUGGGAAAGCUGCUACGAGCGAGCGUCGGAGCAUGGCUUUGCUGGAGGAUUUGAUCAGGGCGAUAGAGCUGUGGCUGCGGAUUGCCAAGGAGCAGGUGCCCCUGGUGGACCCCAACCUCGACCCGGUGCUGCUCGUGCCUGGCAUCGGCGGCUCCAUUCUCGAAGCCGUCGAUGAGGCCGGGAACAAGGAGAGGGUGUGGGUGCGCAUCCUCGCCGCCGACCACGAGUGCCGCGAGAAGCUCUGGUCCAAGUUUGAUGCCUCCACUGGCAAAACUGUCUCUGUGGAUGAGAAAAUAAGAAUCACCGUCCCAGAUGAUAGGUAUGGAUUGUACGCCAUCGACACAUUGGAUCCGGAUAUGAUUAUUGGUGAUGACAGUGUUUACUACUAUCAUGACAUGAUAGUGGAAAUGAUUAAGUGGGGGUAUCAAGAAGGGAAAACACUAUUCGGAUUUGGUUAUGAUUUCCGCCAAAGUAACAGGCUUUCAGAAGCACUUGACAAUUUUGCCAGGAAGUUGGAGUCAGUGUACACAGCUUCUGGAGGAAAAAAGAUCAAUUUAAUUACUCAUUCAAUGGGCGGAUUGCUUGUUAAAUGCUUUGUGUCUCUCCAUAGUGAUGUCUUUGAAAAAUAUGUAAAGAGUUGGAUUGCAAUUGCUGCACCAUUUCAAGGUGCACCUGGGUAUAUAAAUACUGGUCUGCUGAAUGGAAUGUCUUUUGUCGAAGGAUGGCAAUCGAAUUUUUUUAUUUCCAAAUGGACUAUGCAGCAAUUGUUAAUAGAAUGUCCAUCAAUAUACGAGUUGUUGGCUAGCACAACCUUCCACUGGGAAGACACUCCAUUGCUACAAAUCUGGAGGGAGAAGUUGGAUAAUGAUGGCAAGAAAAGUGCUUUGCUAGAGUCGUAUGGGCCAGAUGAAGCAGUAAAGAUGAUAGCAAAAGCUCUUUCCAAGCAUGAGAUUAUCUCUGAUGGUAAUCACAUCCCUUUGCCACUUAAUUCGGAUAUAUUGAGCUGGUCAAAGGAAACUCAAGAUAUUUUAUCCCAGGCAAAGCUUCCAAAAUCAGUGAAGUUCUACAAUAUUUACGGGAUUGAUUAUGACACUGCUCAUACUGUUUGCUAUGGGAGCGAACAACAUCCUAUUUCAAAACUUAGUCACCUUUUAUAUACUCAGGGUAAAUUCAUCUGUGUUGAUGGUGAUGGAUCAGUCCCAGCAGAAUCAGCAAAGGCGGAUGGCCUUGAUGCAGUGGCAAGAGUCGGGGUUACAGCUGACCACCGAGGAAUUGUCUGCGAUCGCCAUGUGUUCCGGAUAGUCCAGCACUGGCUGCAUGCCGGCGAACCUGACCCGUUCUACGACCCCCUCAACGAUUAUGUCAUCCUCCCUACUGUUUUUGAGGUCGAGAAGCACUUUGAGAAACGCGGGGAGAUCACGUCGGUCAAGGAGGACUGGGAAAUAAUCUCGACCAGCGAAGGCGACGAGACCAAAAGGCCAGCCGAGCUCCCUCCUAUGGUCAGCACACUGUCAGCCUCCCGUGAGGGUAAGGAGGAGGCACAGGCCACCAUCGUGGUCCACCCAGAGAGCGAAGGGCGGCAGCAUGUGGAAGUCAGGGCUGUCGGAGUAAGCCAUGGUGGCUAGUUAUGGCGAAACACGCAGCUAGCUAGGCCAGUAGCAGACACUGUAAACCACGAUAAUGCACAUAAGAUGUGGCCAGGUAGGAAAUAUGUGUGUAAAUACAGUACCGCUUGUAAAUAUCAGAACUUGAACGCACAACGUUCACUUUCGUUGCACACGAAGGAGAAAGCAAAUACAGUAAUAAGAAUGAAUUACCAGCUUGUCUAUCU